CCAAUGGAUUUCUCUUUUGCGCUUCUUCUUCUGGUGGAUUUGGUUGUGUGUCUCGGCGCACAGCCUUUCACUGGGAUGCACCCUGACGCACUGCUCCGAGGGAGGAGUUCCGGUUCCAAACACAUCAUGCAGAGGAAGCAGACCAACAGGCUGCCCUUCUACAUGAUGCAGCUUUACCGGACCGUGCUGACCGAGGAGCGGGCUAAGACUCUGGCUAACAGCCUGAGCCACACUAUGACUGAGGACCCUGCUCUGCAGGACUCCGACUCUGUGAUCAGCCUUGUCGCUAAAAGCUGCCAGCAGAUAGGCAAAAGGUGGUCCGUCACCUUUGACAUGUCCUCCAUGUCUGCAAGCGACAAUGUCCAGCUGGCUGAACUUCGCAUUCGCCUGCCUGCCUUCACAGAGUCUUCCCGAGCCUCAGUGGACGUCUACCACUCGCAGAGAAGCCAAUGCUCAGGCAUGCACUGCUCAGAGAACAGGAUGUUCCUGGGCCGCCUGAGAGCACACCCCAGUGCGAUGGUAUCCCCCUCUUCAUGGAAGGUGUUCAACAUGACUGGGAUGCUCAGUCGCUGGCUGCAGCAGGAGCACACCACACAUGAAGAAGAGAAGGUGAAGGAGGAAGGGCAGGAGGGAGUCCAACACCUUACUGCUGACCGGGUCAUGAUGGUGGUCUUCUCAAACCAGAACCUGAACAACCAGCGCAUGCCAACACUCAUCCGCACCGCAGAGCACUCCAAGUAUGUCAGCUUUGACCGGGAACGGGUGGCGCCUGGCUCUGGUUCCAAGCCGAGGAGCCGCAGGUCCAACAGGCACCAUCACACCCAGCAUCAGAGAAAAAGAGUGGCUGAAGCUGCCCCUGCCAACAAGCCCACAGAGGAGGAGAACAAGGGUCCUCUCUGCAGGAAGGUGGACAUGGUGGUGGACUUUGCAAAGAUCGGCUGGAGCGAGUGGAUUGUCUAUCCCAAACAAUACAACGCCUAUCGCUGUGAGGGGAGCUGUCCCAACCCUGUGGAUGAGACCUUCACUCCAACCAACCAUGCAUACAUGCAGAGCCUUCUGAAGCUUCACCGCCCAGACAAGGUGCCGUGUCUGUCCUGUGUGCCAACACGCCUUGGACCGCUUUCCAUGUUGUACUACGAGCAGGGCAAGAUGGUCAUGAGGCAUCACGAGAACAUGGUGGUGGAGGAGUGCGGCUGCCACUGAGCAAAAAACCUGAAAACCUUCUGGUUAAAGGUCAAAUAGACUCAAGCAACUCAGCCGGAGGCCCAGAAAAGUCUUCAACGUUAAAGCUGAGCCACUCAGAGAUACACACUGGACGGAUGACCACAGGCACUUUACAGAUCUCCAUUCCGACACUGGGACAGAGGCUGUGAUGCAUUGCAUGAAAGAAGGGAACUACUGCAGGGUUUAUCCUGGACACAGCUUCCUAAAUGAUCAUUUUGAAAGUCAGGAGUUGUAAAUUAUUUGGAGUUUUUGUAAAUAUUAGAUGCCCUUAUGAAAUACAAUUCAAGUUUAUAGGGGUUGAUGAUGGUAAUGUAUUGAUCCAGUAAAAUGAAACGUAAUGUAAAUAUGGUCAUUAACUAAAGCACUAUAAAGGACUCACACAGAUAGAUCUUAUGUACAAACUCUUCUUUUUUUAUUUAAGACUGAAUUGUUUAAGGCCAUUGCAUGACAAAUGUCAGAAAGGUUGAAGCGCUUUUAACUUUAUUGAGAUGUCGGGUCCCAUUGAUCCUUGUAUAUUUAACCUGUAAAGUAAUACAAUAAAUUAUUUCUUAUCUGAACAAA